UUUACAGUGAUGGGAGUGAUCAGUGGCCCAUUGCUUGGGGCCUUUAUGCUGGGAAUGUUCACGUCUUCAUGCAACACUCCUGGUGUGUUCUCAGGCCUCAUUGUGGGAAUUAGUCUAUCCCUCUGGGUAGCAGUUGGAGGUACUCUUUAUCCACCAUCUCCAGAAAUAAUGGGAGUGCUGCCUACGUAUGCAGAACAAUGUCCUAUCUAUAAUUCAAGUCAAGGUAUCAUAUAUGGAUUACCCCCACCAAGAAACAUUACAGCUCCUAUACCAAGGACAACCAUUGCUGAUGAAUUCUACGCUCUGUCUUAUCUGUAUUAUGGUGCCUUGGGCACCUUUUCUACAAUUAUAAGUGGAGUUAUUGUCAGCUAUACAACAGGACCUACCAAGAGAGAAACAUUAGCUCAUGGCCUGCUUUGGUGGGACCUAGGAACGGUACAGACUGUAAAAUCAACAGAGAUGCUACCCGAGGGGGAGGUGAAAUUCCAAGCUACAGAGAAGAGAGAUGCUUACAACUUUCCAAUUCAGCCUAACCCUGAAUUUCCAAAUACUGAGAAUAAUCGGUUCAUGUUGAAAGCAGAUGCCACCUCUUCCCAGAAGAAAGAGCCAAAACAUCUUGAAGAAAACAGCUGCUUUACUUUUUGGCCUUUGAAAAAAGUUGACAGAGAGUCAUAUAUAUGAUUUUCCUGAGGAUAGGCCAUCAAUAUUG